UGUAGUCGUGUUUGUGUGUUAUUAACUCUCAGCUGCAGGAGGGGGGCGAAGGGGGGUACAGAGGAGGUCGAGUGCGAGCAGCAACGCCCUGAUGUCCGCCUCGCUGUGUUUACAAAUCUGAGAGGAAUCGUUUCCCCCUGCAGUGUGUCGGUAGCUAAUCUGGGUUUUUUUCACACACACACACACACACACGGAUAGAAGAUAGCAAAAACAUGGCUGAGUUGCAUGUCGUGGAGUCGAGCGGCGCUGGCACCAUCGAGCAGACGGAGCACCGUGAUGUCCGUGGCGGCUCCGUGCGCCUGUCGUCCCCUACUCUCAUGGUGCUCAGUCCCGGUGGCGGCGUGUCGAGCAGCGCCGGCGGCCGCUCGGUGUUCGGUUUCCCGGCCAAGAGCAACCCGAGCUCCCCGGUGGAGAAACCGGGCUCCCGCUGGGUGCGUCUGAACGUCGGAGGGACCUACUUCAUCACGACCAAGCAGACCCUGUGCAGAGACCCCAAAUCUUUCCUGUUCAGACUGUGUCAAGAAGACCCGGACCUGGACUCUGACAAGGACGAUACAGGAGCGUACCUGAUCGACAGGGACCCCACAUACUUCGGCCCCAUCCUGAAUUACCUUCGGCACGGAAAACUGAUCAUGGAUAAAAAUCUGGCUGAGGAAGGUGUUCUCGAAGAAGCCGAGUUCUACAACAUCGCAUCUCUGGUGAGGCUGGUUAAAGAGAGGAUACGGGACAACGAGAACCGAACAUCUCAGGGCCCUGUGAAGCAUGUGUAUCGAGUACUACAGUGCCAAGAGGAGGAACUCACACAGAUGGUCUCAACCAUGUCGGACGGCUGGAAGUUUGAGCAGCUUAUAAGUAUCGGCUCCUCAUAUAACUACGGCAACGAGGACCAGGCGGAGUUUCUAUGUGUCGUUUCCCGGGAACUCAACAACUCCACCAACGGCAUCGUCAUAGAGCCCACCGAGAAGGCCAAGAUCCUUCAAGAGCGAGGCUCGCGGAUGUAAAGAGACCCUCGGAUCCUGAGCUAAAAUAACACUUUAUCAACAAAAACAAAACAACCACAUGAACUUUUCCCUCCAGUUUGCAUCAAGAUCCACAAGUUUACCCCCACCUCUAUAUUUCUACCAUCGCCACCAUCAUCAUCAUCAUCAUCGACUUCCCCCUCCCUCCCUUCCUUCUCUCCCUCCUCCGGUGUGCCUUUCCACAGCGGGGAGCUCCACCACGUCCCUCUCUCUCCUCCAGCGCUGCAACUAGACCCCGACUCGUAUCCUCAUUUCUUCUUCUCCUCCGUCAGCGGCUACGAACACUUCAGGAGGAGUUUAAAGGAGUUACAAGUGAGUGGUUUUGCUCAUCGCAGCUUUUUUAUUUUUUUGAUGGUCAGUGUCACAGCGGUGCAGGCUACGGUGCUGAUUGUAGCCCCUUGUUAUCGUCAGUGGAUGGGACACCCAGGUCGGACCUACUAUAAAUCAUCAUCAUCAUCGCCAUUAACAGACGGGAUACUUCCUCUCUCUCGCUCUCUCUCUCUCUCUCUGUCUUCUACAUCUGGCUCUGUCGACUUAGCAGAAAACCUCCUCAGGACUCUCAAAGGACAUAAAGGAAUGAACACAACUCCACAGACUGAGCUUCUCUCUUUACCUGAAUCCGUUAAUGGAGUGAGCGUCGGCGCCCGUCGUCGUUUCUCCCUCUCGGCGGCAUCCCGGACUCCUCAGCUGACGUCCGAGGCACAACAACAACAACAACCCACGAGCCAGGAUGUCAGAUCGCAGAGUCCGAUCGCUCUGUUUGAGCCGGGCCUGGUGGAGCAUUAUCUCGGCUGUCUUCGGUCUUUAAAACAGCGUUAACAAGUGACAAAUAUUCAUCUUAAAGACGACUUUGCCUUCGGUUGGGCACAGGAGGGAACGGAGCUGCUGGAAACAUCCAAACGACUCACUCCUCUUCGUUUCCUGUUUUCGGGGGGCUCGAUUUGAUCUGACCUCGCAGGGAGAAGAUUUGGGAUAUUCCCACGUAAAAGAAAAACAACUGACUCAAAAAGACUAAACCACACCUGUGUACAACUUGUCAAGGCAUGUGAGGAAUCUAUAUAAAUCUAUAUAGGCUACAUGAUGAAAUUAUAUGAAAAAUUGAAUGCAAAUGGUGUAAUUAUUGAUUUCUGUAUCAUAGUUGUCAUAUAUUUACGUAUUCUGGUGGGUGAGUCUAUUUAAACGGUGGAGAAAAAUAUCAGUUUUCAUAACCAGUUUUUUCCUGAAGGUGGAACACCUGGUGACAAAGGUGUGAGUAAGUGUAUGCAGUGCCUCUCUGCUUUCUGUCCAUGACUGAAAUAUCACAAGCUUUUCAGCUGCAUGUUUUUCUGUAGUGUUUCUCAAAAAUAACUCCAGAUACUGUCAAUAAGUUUUCUCUUUAAUAUCCUACUUUGGUAUCUUGCAUAUCUUGAAAUUGUAAUUAGGGAUACGGAAAACUUCUGUCAUCGCCAUUUGUCCAGACUGGCGUGGCGUGGCGGGGGAAGUCGAUGGACUGUGGCCAGUUUGUAUGCUGCCUCAAAAACCCUGAAACACCCUUCUCUCUCUCUCUCUCUCUCUCUCUCUCUUUUUCUCUCUUUCUCUCUCUCUCUCUCUCUCUCUCUCUCUCUCUCUCUCUCUCUCUCUCUCUCUCUCUCUCU